AUGGAAGGUCCUGUUCGAACUUCCACUCCCAUUCCAGCUCACGCUAUACCAACGACCAUAAGCAGCCCAACAUAUAUAUCGUCGUCGACCACAUCGCUAGGAAACACGUCUCCUGCCUCUACACGCCGUCUAGCAUUAGGCUCCCAUCGCCCGUCGACAAAUACAACUCCAGCAACAUUGGGUGAACCUCGUGCAGCCUUAUUGGCUGCUUCUGUCUCUGGUAACGGCUCAUUAUCUGCCAUGUCAAAGGCUUCUCCUGUCGGAUCGCCCGCUGUCUCGGACAGAAAGUACUCUCUCAGCGCAUUAUGGUCUAUCGGAUUGGAACAUGAGGAAAUUGAUGAUGAUCUCACAAAGGCUCAACGCCGAUUACGGGAUUUGAAGAUGAGGAUCUCUGCUCAGUCUAAAAAGAACUUUUUGUUGGAACGAGACGUGCGGUAUCUAGAUGGACGUAUUGCUCUCUUGAUUCAAAACAGAUUGGCAUUAGACGAGAAGGAAGCAAUUUCCAACAUGGGCGAAGAAGACUUGGAUACCAACAUCGCAGUUGCCUUCCCUGACGAAAGGCGGCGACAGUUAUAUGGCAACUUAUUCUUCCUUUUACAAUCCGAACCACGGUAUAUCGCUACCAUGACACGUCUAGUGUCUAUGGCUGAGAUAGACAACUUGCUCCAAACCGUAAUGUUCACAAUUUAUGGAAAUCAGUACGAAUCGCGUGAAGAAUACCUCCUUCUCUCCAUGUUUCAGAAUGUAUUGGCUGCCCAGUUUGAAGCUGCCACCGAUUUUGGAAGUUUGCUUCGUGCAAACACACCUGUCUCCCGAAUGAUGACCACAUACACUAGACGAGGUCCUGGUCAAUCCUACCUCAAGAACGUAUUGUCUGAAAAGAUCAAUGGCUUAAUUGAACAAGUGGAUUUAGAUUUGGAAAUCAAUCCUCUAAAGGUUUAUGAGCAAUUGGUGAACGAUUCAGCAAUUCAAGGGCCAUCAAGUGGUGAAUUGCCUAGAUGUACGACUGCUGAAGAAGCGAUCAAAGUCCCACAAGUCAAUGCUGUAAUCGCUCCCAGACUUGAAAAGUUGAUGGAAAUCACAGGUGAAUUCCUGGAUACCAUCAUGGCAAGUCUAGAUCAAGUCCCAUAUGGUAUUCGGUGGAUUUGUAAACAGAUUAGGAGCUUGACUAAGAGGAAGUACCCAGAUGCAAGUGAUUACAACAUUUGCUCCUUGAUUGGCGGCUUUUUCAUGUUGAGAUAUGUGAACCCAGCCAUCGUAACACCACAAGCCUACAUGUUGGUAGAAUCCAACCCCAUGAAAAAUCCUCGCCGCAAUUUGACGCUGGUCGCCAAAUUGUUGCAAAAUCUUGCCAACAAGCCAGCUCAUUCCAAAGAAACUUACAUGUCUGCUCUUAAUCCAUUUGUUGAAGUCAAGAAGGAAGUCAUCAACAGGUUCUUGAAUGAUUUGUGUGAAGUGGGAGAUUUCCAUGAUGAGCUCGAGAUGGAUCAAUACGUUGCCUUGUCAAAGAAAGAUUUGCAACUCAAUGUGACUCUAAAUGAAAUAUAUCAGAUGCAUGGUCUACUGACGCAACACAAGGACGUUUUGGCUCAAGGAGAGAAGAACCACCUACGAAUCAUACUAAAUGACUUGGGCCUAGCUCCAAAUCAAGUCUCCCGUAGUGAGAACAAAACCAUAGUAUUACCGCUCUUCUCACGAUGGGAACAACCUAUUGCAGAUGUACCAUCAGCCAUAGCUGACUCUCAACUCACCAAAUCCGACAUUCUGUAUAUGGACACUAAAGCUCUAUUUGUACAAAUCCUUCGAUCCAUGCCGUCCUUGGCAGCAGCAGGUGGACCAGGUCCACUAAACCUAUCCAAAAUUGCAGAAGCAGCUGCUCAAUCUCGUGAACCAGGGCUAGUUAAAAAGGGCAUAAAGGUCCGGGAACUAUUACACGAUUUAGAAGAAGUUGGAUCUGUCAAUGCUACAGACGGCCAUCGCUUACUAGUGGAAGAAGUGACUGCAGAGAUUGUGCACUUGGGCAGUGUCCGAGAAAAGUGUAACAAGGAAACAGCUUCUCUGGAAGUCGUAUACAAGACUAUAUGUGAUCACAACAAUUAUUUGAGAAGUCAACUAGAGUCGUACAAGGCGUAUCUCCAGAAUGUGAGAAUUCAGAGUGGUUUGGUGGGCAAUAAGAGUGCCAAGGGCCAAGUACAAGGUCCAUACAAGUUCAGUCAUGCUCAGUUAGAAAAGGAUGGUAUGAUUGUAGAGUCCAAUGUGCCUGAGAAUCGACGAGCCAAUAUCUUUUUCAACAUUAUCUCUCCCUUACCGGGUACAUUCGUCAUAACUCUUCAUUACAAGGGUCGCGAGAAACCCAUUUUGGAAAUGGACUUGAAGCUAGAUGACUUGCUUGAAAAGCAGUCAACUCAAUCACCUGAACCAGUGUUGGAUUUGGAAUAUGUUCAGCUAUCUGUAGGCAAGACUCUCAAGUUGAUUAAUCGAACUUUUUUGAAACGAUGA